AUGUCAACCUCAGAGAAGUUUGUGCAGCCGUCCAUUCCGAGGUUUGAUGGCCAUUAUGAUCAUUGGUCAAUGAUGAUGGAGAACUUUCUAAGGAGCAAGGAGAUGUGGAGCCUAGUGGACGAAGGAAUCUCGGGGCCAGUAAUUGGGACAACAACAACAAGUGAAGCACAAAGGAAGACCGUGGAGGAGGCCAAACUCAAAGAUAUGAAGGUCAAGAACUUCUUGUUCCAGGCGAUUGAUAGAGAAAUCUUAGAAACAAUUCUUGACAAGGGAACGUCGAAGGCAAUAUGGAACUCAAUGAAACAGAAGUAUCAAGGGUCCACAAAAGUGAAAAGGGCACAACUUCAAGCAUUGAGAAGGGUGUUUGAGUUGCUCACCAUGAAAGGAGGAGAAAAAGUGGACAAUUUCUUGGGACGAACCUUGGUCGUGGUGAACAAAAUGAAGUCAAAUGGUGAGACAAUGGAGCAAAGUACAGUGGUUAGUAAGAUACUUAGAUCAUUAUUAAACAAGUAUAAUUAUGUUGUUUGUUCAAUAGAGGAGUCAAAUGAUCUAAUUACUUUAAGCAUUGAUGAGUUGCAUGGAAGUCUCCUUGUUCAUGAACAAAGGAUGCAAGGAAACCAGUGGGAGGAACAUGUGUUGAAAGUAGCUCAUGAAGACAGGCCAAAUAGGGUAAGAGGUCAAAGCGUUUUUAGAGGAUGA